AUGGUCGUUGGCGAUUUUGAGACGGGCGAAUUUGGUGGUUCUGCUGUUGUUGAAUUCACCCAGGCGAAAGAUGCUGAGAAACUUAGCGGAGCGAAGCUCGAUGAUGGCAUUAUUGUAAGACGACCAACAGCGAAGGAAUGGGUCGCUCUCGGUGAGGGAGAUUGGCCUGGGCUUUCCUAUGGGCGAAUCGAUCCCGAAAUACAAAAAACUGUGGUCAAUGAUGAAAGCAAAGCUCUUAAGUUGAUCUCACAGACAGCUCACUCCGGCCAGUCGGUUCGAGAGGUGGUGACACCAGAGGAAAUGGAGAAGUGGAUCAAACAGCAAUGGUGGGAUGCUGCCUUAGCCGCUAUUAAAUUGGAUCACGAACAACAACAGCAAUCUAGAGGAAGCGGCGGGAAGCGAGUUGAUUAUUUUGGGCCACCUGUGCGGAAGGCCGUACGGGAGAUCAAAGCGCGAGGGGAGGAGCUGGUCAGGAGUCUCGACCAGAAUUACUUUAAGCCACAGAGGGUCGCUCCGGCGUUCCAGUGGGCUCAGAAUGAUACCGCGGUAUUUGUCAAUGUUAAAUUUACGAGGAGAUGGAACGCGCCGGGAGCACUCGAUAUUAAAGAUCCGCAAGUUAAUAUAACAAGGAGUAAAAUCGAAGUGAAGGCUAUAGGAGAACAUUCUGGCAAAAAACACGAGUAUAUACUGAAACUGAGUUUUUUCGACGAGGUUGAUCCGACGGCGAGCAAAUGGGCGAUGGCUUCGGUGGGGAAGCUCUCAGCUACUCUUGUUAAAGCGAAUCGGAGAAGUAAAUGGCCACGACUGUUAGUGUCGAAGGAAAAGAAAGUGAAUAACAUGCACUACUGGAUGGACUUUGCUGAAAUUCAUGAGGAGAGUCUUAAAGCUUUGCCGACUCCUAAAAAUAGUGUCGUCACAUGCCGUAGUGUGAAGAAGGCUUAUUGCCUCAGGGAAGAUAAAUGUGUUAAGAGCUGCGCUGACGACUGUGAAGGUAAAAUGCUUACUGGACCAGAUGGGAGAUGUUUUGGCAAGCCACAAGAAGAGGUCUCCGGUAUCAACUUCACGGACGUAGAUCCUACACAAGGGUAUGUCAGCGGAAUCGUGGAGGUCAACUCCACUGCCACUUUCGGUGAUGCCGAAUUUUUCUUAAUAUAUUUUCUCAACAUGGACAAUCAGAAGCUCUCCGGCGAGCCCAUACUGAAAAUAAAAAACCCCAAAAACCUCGGGACGCAACUAUUCGGGAAGUUACCAGAGUCGACGCCCAUUCCUGAAAAUGCCAGCAAAAUAAUUGCAAUAGCGGCAAAUUUGGCUUUUGGUGAAGCAGAAGAACGAGGAGAGUUCGAUACCAUCCCUCUAUUAGAUUUGGCAAUACCUAUGCACGCACCAACAGCGGUCGACCUCCAAGAUAUUUCCCCAGAGGUUGGCCAGUUAGGAGGCGAUGUGGAGAUAUCUUUUGCGCACGCUAAAGAUUCUUCGUCUUCUCCCUCUGUGGAUUUCUAUAAUCUCUAUUGGGGAAAGAGCACAGCGACUUGUGAGCGCCUUGCUGGCGAUAAAAGUUUAAUCGCGCGCGUGCGUGCUAAUGGUGCCGACAUUCAAAAAUAUCACAUCGAAAACUCCAUCGUCAUAGAGAAGGGAGCUCAAAGUAUUCUAGCCUUCAGUGAGCAUGAGAACACUCAAGGUCACCAUCCUAGCAAAGGGGAGCUGAUCAGCUUGUGUGGUAUCUGGCCAAUCAAAGAUCGGCACUUCCCAAGGACCUCCCCCGAAAGUCUUUCAGUCAACAACACGACUUUUCUCGGUGGUCAGUUCACAGGCGAGGUCGUCCUCAGUAGAGCUCCACGGGAAAAUGAAAUCGAGGAAGAGGCCACAGCGUACACUCUAUGGUGGGCUGAUAAAAAUUACAAUAAACUCAGUCUAUUGGACUCUGGUGAUAUAGAAGAUAUGAAGGUUGCCACAGAACUCAGAUUUUCCUACGACCGAAUACAAGCUCCCGAGGGUGUGGCAAAGAUAUGCGCUUUCAUGAGAAAUGAUCUCGGAGAAGGUCGAAGAGGCGCUUGCGCGGCGAUUGUGCAGGAAGAAACAGAAACACAUAAUUCUGAGCUCUAA